UUCUCCACCAUAAAUAUUCUCUCUCAUACUUCAAUAAUGCCACUUUCUCUCUCUCUACUGUUAUUAUGUGGAAGCAGCAAAGCUAAUCAGCUAAAGCUUUUAACAUAGCCAAAGUUUUCUGCAAUCCAAAGAGAUCUCUUCUUAGCUUUUCUGCUUGCCUUUUAAACGCUUCAACUUUCCUGCUUUCUCACUUUCCAUAUUUGUGAUCUUGCUUUUUGUGUAACUGUUUCACCUCGUUAUGUUCUAACUAAACUUCUUCACUCUGGACUACUGAAUCUUUUCGGUUUGUGCUUGAAUUGUUGUCUAGAUUCUGAUAUUUUCACCAUGCCAGCCUUUGAUUUCCUGCGCUGGUUGCAGAAUAAAGCGACGAACUUGUUGAAAUCCAGGAAUAAAAAACCCAGCUUUGAGGUUCAAAUUUGAUAUACUCUAACAAAAGAGUAAAAGUUUGGUUUUUUUUCUUUCUAUUGGUCCUCCUGAUUCUGGUUUUCUUGGUUCAGCGUUUAUGGAGUUGAUGGGGGGUGGAAAGUUUAAGGGGUGCUUUGUUUUUGUGUUCUUUGUUGCACUGUUGGUGGGUUUAGUGAGUGGAAUUGGUGUUAAUUGGGGCACACAAUUAUCACACCCUUUGCCAGCAUCCACUGUGGUGAAAAUGCUGAGGGACAAUGGUUUUCAGAAAGUUAAGCUUUUCGAUGCUGACCCUGAUAUUUUAAGUGGUCUUAAGAAGUCUGGGAUUCAGGUGAUGGUGGGUAUACCAAAUGAUAUGCUUUACACAUUGGCUAACAGCAUGCAAGCAGCUGAAAAAUGGGUUUCCAAGAAUGUUUCAGCACAUGUCUCAUCUGGGGGAGUGGACAUCAGGUAUGUUGCAGUGGGAAAUGAACCUUUCUUGUCAACUUACAAUGGUACCUUUGAAGCCACAACACUUCCAGCUCUUCAAAACAUCCAAUCAGCUCUUGUGAAAGCUGGUUUAGGCAAUCAGGUUAAAGUCACUGUCCCUUUAAACGCUGACGUGUAUCAGAGCGCACAAAUGCCUUCCGAUGGGGACUUCAGGCAAGACAUCCACGACCUCAUGGUGCAGAUUGUCAAGUUCUUGAGCCAGAACAACGCCCCAUUUACUGUGAACAUCUAUCCUUUCAUAAGCCUCUAUUCAGAUGCCAAUUUUCCUGUUGACUACGCCUUCUUCAAUGGCUUCCAGUCUCCUAUAAAUGACAACGGAAGGAUCUAUGACAAUGUCUUUGAUGCCAACUAUGACACUCUCGUGUGGGCGCUGCAGAAGAACGGUUUUGCAAACAUGCCUAUAAUUGUAGGAGAAGUUGGGUGGCCCACAGAUGGAGACCGAAAUGCGAAUCUUCAAUAUGCGCAGCGCUUUAACCAAGGCUUUAUGUCGCGCUAUAUCGCUGGAAAGGGGACACCGAUGAGGCCUGGUCCUAUGGAUGCUUACUUGUUUAGUCUCAUAGAUGAAGAUAGCAAGAGCAUUCAGCCAGGUAAUUUUGAAAGGCAUUGGGGGUUGUUUUACUAUGAUGGACAACCCAAGUACCAGCUUAACAUUGGAUCAAGAACAAAUGGCUUAGUAGCUGCAACUGGGGUGGCGUAUCUGGCUAAAAAGUGGUGCAUUUUGAAACCCUCAGCAAACCUCAAUGAUGAUCAAGUGGCACCAAGUGUGGCUUAUGCUUGUCAAAAUGCAGAUUGCACUAGUCUUGGAUAUCAAACUUCAUGUGGUGGUUUAGAUGCUCGUGGUAACAUCUCUUAUGCAUUCAAUAGCUACUACCAAGUGAAUGAUCAGAUUGACAGUGCAUGCAGAUUCCCUGGCCUUUCUGUUGUUACUGACAAGGAUCCUUCUUCUGGAGAUUGCAAGUUCAGAAUCAUGAUCCAGACAGAUUCUGCUGGCUUAUAUGGGAAUGGGAGAAUCGGGUCUCUCAGAAUAGUACUCUUGGUAUUUUUGUUUUUCUCUCUUCUGUGACCCUUGAAUAUUCUUGAUUUUAAUUUUAUUUUUGGAGAAUGUAGACAGUACUUCAUUUUUCAUAUUCAAAAUGUCGGUUGGAGCUAAUGUAUGUAAAGCUUGUUAAUGAAGACCAUAGAAGCUCCUUUGCAGUGUUCAAUAGUGGCCAAUAUUUCCUUAAAGUGACGUUUGGUACAGGAAUCUUUCAUUUCUAACUAAGCUAUUCUUUUGGGAUGAGAAUCUCAAGAAUACGAUUUUUGGUUUGGUUAUUA